AUGGCGCUGUUUGGUCUUAUACAAAAAGAAUUCGAAACAAAUAAACUAUUAGUUGAUAUAUUUUUUAAUACAGUGAAAACGACUGGUACAGAAUUUAUGAAUGCAUUUCGAGCAUUUUCAUUAAUUCAUUUACCAAAUGCAAAAGAUUUUGAUCAAUCUAUUCGUUUAUUUGUAUCAACAAUUUUAGAACAAUGUUGUGAUGCUGAAGAAUAUUUUGAUCUGAUUUUGACACCAUUAGUAUUCAAUGUUGAAAUGAAAUUUCAAUCAGAUCUAUUUGAUGUUGAACACGUUUAUGGUUCUCUUGAAUGUGAUGAAACUAAACAAGGAGAAUGUAUUAAAAUUAAUACAUUAUUUCCAUCUCGAACAGAUGACGAACAACAAACACGUGGUGGUAUUGUUCUGUUAAAAUUGAAGACAAAAGAGUCAAUAACACAUACUUUCAGCACGACAACACACUUCAGUAACUCAUGA